UUUGUCCAUGUUUUAAAAAAAAAAUCAAAAUCGGUCGUGCACGGGGGGUGGUUUAAAUUGUGGGGUUAAAAGUAAUGAUUACGAUGAUGUUAAUGAUGCAACAUGAUGAACGCCAACAAUCGACAACAAUACAACAACAAACGAGAUCGAAUCAUCCAUCACAAAUUGUUGCAGUUGGUUUUAGUCAACAAUCUGCAACAAUUACAACAAGUAGUAGUCAAUCGACAUCAAUACAUCAAACAUUAUUCUUACAUCAAUCAACAUCAAAUUUAACAACAAAUCGUUGCAACGAGCCAUCAGCACAUAGUGUUGUUGGUGGACAUCAUAAUAUUGUUCAACAUCAUAUUCAACGAUGCAACAAUCGACCUACAUCAACAACAAUCAAACAACAAGAAGCACAGCAGCAACAACAGAAUAAAAACCUCAAACAAUGUGUAGCUACACCGUUUUAUCGACGUUUAUUUAAUUAUAUACGCGAAGCAUGGACGGGUGUUAGGUCCGCAUUAGAUACAGACUUAGAAGAUUUAGGUGAAACAACCCCAAGAUAUCGGCCUGAUAGUUUAGAAGCAUUAAGACGAGCAACGAGAUUUACAGAUGGUGAAAUAAAAGCAAUUUAUCGUGGCUUUAAAGCGGAAUGUCCUACGGGAAUAUUUCGUGAAGAGACUUUUAAAGUUAUUUACUCACAAUUUUUUCCACAAGGUGCUAAUACAAAUAAUUAUGCCCAUUAUUUGUUCAAUACAUUAAAUCCAGAUAAUAGUGGAUGCGUUAGCUUUGAUGAAUUUGUGCACGUUUUGUCAAUUUUAUCACGUGGUACAUUAGAUGAAAAAUUAAGAUGGGCCUUUUCAUUAUACGAUAUAAAUGGUGAUGGUUUUAUAACAAAAGAUGAAAUGACCGAAAUUGUUACUUCAAUUUACGACUUAAUGGCUGAUAUUUCACAACCAUCUAUGGAAGAUCAAACUGUUAAGCAACGGGUAGAUUCAAUUUUUCAAAAAAUGGAUUUAAAUCGAGAUGGUUUGGUGACAUUAGACGAAUUUUUAGAAUGUUGUAAAAAUGACGAAGGUAUAUCAUCAUCGUUAACAGUAUUCGAUACGUCCAUAUGACAACGGCGCACAACAUAAACACUGCAGAGAGUUUAUGGACAUUUUACAAUAAUAAUAUUAAUAAAUUAAAAAAAAUAAAUAAAUAAUAAAAAUACACCUGUGUUUUUGUGUUCAAUAGAUUUGUGCCAAUAAAAAAAUAAAAAAUUUGCGU